UCCUCCUCCUUUACCCCCCCCACCCCACAACACGCAGCAGGGACGACCCCCCCCCCGCCCGAUCUGCAAACUUGCCGGAGCCGCGCUGCAGGUGACCAAAGGCGAGGAUCCCCGCGGAGAGGUGCUGUUGGAUUCCUGAGAACUCAUUCUGCCAUGGAGCCAUGGGUGUACCUGGACCCGCGACAGAGGGCACUAUAUCGAGAUGUCAUGCAGGAGAGCUACGAGACGCUGAUGUCUCUUGGUGGUUGCCUUGUUUUCCAGCUGCAGACAAGUUGCUGAACAGCAACAACAAUGAAGAGGAGGAAGAGGAGGAGGACGAUGAAGAGGAGGAGGACGAAGGGCCCGAGGAGCUGCGGCCAGGCACGUCUCAAAGCACCCCCAGGCGAGUCAAGCCCGUGGUGCGCCGCGCACCACCCAAGCAGCCGCCACCGCCACCUCCCCCCAAGAUCAUCCCAGUGGUGAAGAAGGACAAAGCGACUCAACGAGGGCAUGCGCUGAAGAAGAGCCUGGAGAGCCGCUGCUCGGACUGCACGAGGAGCCUGCAUGCGCCGCCCCGGGGCCGCCAGCGGAGCGAGGCCAACGCGGCGCGGGAGAAGCCCUUCCAGUGCUCGGACUGCGGCAAGAGCUUCAUCUGGAGCUCCCACCUGGAGCGCCACCGCCGAAUGCACACGGGCGAGAAGCCCUUCAAGUGCCUCAACUGCGGCGAGGCCUACAGCCAGAACUUCCACCUGCUGCAGCACCGCUGCUCGCAGCUGAUCGAGAAGCCCUUCAAGUGCCCCGAGUGCGGGAAGCGCUUUGCCCAGAGCUCGGCCCUGGAGAACCACCGCAAGGGCCACACGGCCGAGAAGCCCCACAAGUGCGCCGACUGCGGCAAGUGCUUCAUCUGGGCCUCCCACCUGGAGCGGCACCGGCGGGUCCACACGGGCGAGCGGCCCUUCAAGUGCCCCGAGUGCGGGGAGACCUACAGCCAGAGCGCCCACCUGGCCAAGCACCGGCGCAACCACAUGGGCGAGCGGCCCUACAACUGCCCGGCCUGCUGGCGCAGCUACGCGCUCAUCUCGGAGCUGGAGGAGCACAAGAAGACCCACCUGGGCUGCGAGGACUGCGGCAAGGUGUACCGCAGCCGCCAGACGCUGAUGCGCCACCAGAGGGGCCACCACCGCGAGCGCACGCACCUGUGCGAGGAGUGCGGCAAGGGCUUCGUGUGGGCCUCCCACCUGGAGCGCCACCGCCGCGUCCACACAGGCGAGCGGCCCUUCCCCUGCCCCACCUGCGGGGAGAAGUUCGCCCAGAAGGUCCACCUGCUUCAGCACAACAAGACCCACUCGCACGCGCGGCCCUACAAGUGCGGCGACUGCGACAAGCGCUUCGGCGACAGCUCGGCCUUCCUGGCGCACCAGCGGGGCCACGCCAUGGAGAAGAACCACAAGUGCCAGUACUGCGGGAAGAGCUUCGCCUGGAGCUCUCACCUGGAGCGGCACCAGCGCAUCCACACGGGCGAGAAGCCCUACAAGUGCCCCGACUGCCCGGAGCACUUCAGCCAGACCUUGCAGCUCUUCAAGCACCAGCGCAGCCACCUGGGCAAGAGGCCCUACAAGUGCAGCGAGUGCGGGAGGAGCUUCGGCACCACCCUGGAGGUCAUCAUUCACCAGCGGACCCACUUCGGGACCAAGCCCUACCGCUGCUCCAACUGUGGGAAGGGGUUCACGCGGCGAGCCAACCUGCUGAAGCACCAGCGGAGCCACGCGAAGGAGAGCCCCUAAAAUAAAAAAUAAAAAAUGGAAGAGGGGGCGCGAGAGAAGCGGGGAAGGGGGCGGGGAGAGACGGGAGACGCGCACCCUCUCCCUCGCGUUACCAAACGAGUCUAGAAUCCACACAAGGAAGAGGAAUCCUUUUUGUACAUUCUGCUUAACAGGGGAAGCGACGGCGCAGCUCUCGCGGUGACCCCGGCGGAUCUGCACGUGGUUGAGGAAUUAUUUCUGGGGUUGGGGUGGGUUGGGGGGAAAGAUAGCAAUGGAAAAGAAACACGCGACUGCAGCAUAUAAGCAAAGAGAUUGUAGACACACACACCUCGAUAGCGGGAGGGGGGGGAAAGAGGUUCUUGGAAAAGAAGGCCUAUUGAGGUGGAAACCUAGUAACCAUGUCCACUGGGGAGUUUUCAUCCUGAUUUAGAAUCCGUAUGGGUGUCUCGCUCACCUUUUUUGUUUUGACACUGUGUACGUAUAAAUAUAACCCAUGUUUUGGGAAACGAAAAGCUUUACUUGACUCUUCCUCGCCCUGUAUUGUCCCCGACUCCCUUCUCCCCGCCCCUCCAGCCCUGCUAGAAGAGCGCUGAUGGAUCAGGUCGGAGGCUCAUAGAGGAUCGUGCGUCCUAGCGGCCGUUCGGAUGCCUCUGGAAAGCCAGCAAGCAGGACCCGGGUGCAGCAAUCACUUGUGACUCCCAGCAACUAGAGAGGGGUUUUGUGUUUUUGUUUGCCUCUGACAGUUGAGGGGGGGAACAUUUCUCUCAUGGCUAGUAGCUGCUGCUAGCCUUCUCUUCCAUGAAUUUGUCUAAUCCUCUCUUAUAGCUGCCUCCCCCGUGGGUAACUUUGAACUCUGGAUAACAAAGCUUUAACAUGCUGAGGACUGACCUCCAGACCUUAGAUGCCUAACUGAGAAGGACUCAGACUUCACUAGAUGCUAGGGAAUCCACCUGGGUAGCGGGGAGGGCCAUGAAACUUUGGUAAGCCUCUUGAAUGUGGAGGAAAAGCUUUAUUGACUUAUUCAACACAAAUAAUCUAAACAUUUUUGGGGGGGUAGGGGGAGCAUGAACUAUGCCUUGAGCAGCGCACCCACCUGAGUAGCCGGUGCAUUGGAACCUAAAUGUCUGAGGGUCAGAUUGCAGCAUUUAGCUAGAGAAGCUCAAAUUGGUUUUCCUUGGAUCUCGGGAUCUCUCCUGCUCAGUUUCUGCUUUCGGAAGCUGCUGACAGCACCCUCCAGACCCAGGAAUCCCUGGAGGGUUUCGUUUCCUGAGGACCAAAGGAAAAGCAGAGAGGAUGGAGACCCCAUUAGAUACUGGGAGCUGUGCUUAUGAGCCGCUAUUCAGCUAGAUGGUCGUCCUCUUUGAGCUCUUGUCUCUUGGGGUUCUUAAUAGUUUGGCCACAACUGUGAAGCACAUGUGCGAAAUCUGCUUACUGAGGUAUUGGUGAGAAAGCCCAUCUCUUCAGUUUAGGGAAGAGGAUACAACAUAAGUGUGCAACUUACUGAGGGGAAGAAAACAGACACUCAAGGAUGGUUCAGCUUUGGGCCUGGAAGCAUCCUGGGGUAGUGUAUUGUUGAUGGAUAAGAUUCAGAAUAGGAGUUCAAAGGCUCAUGGUCUCUUUAUUUUUAUUUUUUUGAAGGGGCAGAGGGUAGCUGGCUGUAGGCAUCAGCCUAUCUUAUAACAUAAAAUCCAGAUUUCUAGGAGGGCGGAUCUUGGGUCCAGAAAGCCCAACAAAUAGGCAUCUUGGAGUUUUCCUAUCCUGGCUUGGCAGUAGGAUUGAUGAAAACACACACACACACACACACACACACACACACACACACACACACAGAGUGAUAAAGAAGUUGAGCCUUUGGGUGGUGCGAUGGAUGCACGAGAAACUAAAGAAGCAGAAUUUAUAAUCUGGAAAAGAGGCAGAGGAGGAAUGUGGAGCUGUCAAUGGGAGAAAAGGAAAAUGUUACUUUGCCAUGCAAGGUUAACGCCUCAGAACUUACUACCGUAAGACAUCAUGGCUCCACCUGCACCUUACAUUUAAAGCAGCCUUUCUUUUUUUUAGUGUUCAUAUUUUCCUGAAAAUGUUUCAAUUAUAAAGAAAGUGAUGCAAAGGAAAAAUAAUAAUUAAGACACUGCUUUAAGCAGUUGUGGCUUCCCCUCAAAGAAUCCUUGGGGUUGGUAGUUUGUUCAGGGUGCUGUGGGUUGUGAGGAAGACUCGCCUAUUCCCCUCACAGAACUACAAUUCCCUAGAGGGGUUUAGCGAUCUAACCCUCUUCCCGGGGAACUCCGGGAAUUGUAGCUCUCUGAGGAGAGAGGGCUUUCCUAACAACUUCCAGUGCCCUUAACAAACUACCAUUCCCAUGAAUCUUUUUGUGGGAGGGCAUGACUGUUGAAAGUGGUAUGAUGCGACCUUAAACAUACGUAGUGCAGAUGAGGCCCUAGGCAGGAGUUGGGGAGAACUGAGAGCGAAAAGGCCUUGCCUCUCUGCUGUGGCAUGGGCAUCUUGCUGGCGAGGACAAGCGAGCUGUUACUACUGACUGAGAACAACGCAUCUUGGCUCCAGGGAGGGGCGACUGUAGAUUUUGGCCACCUGCCAUGGGUACUUUGCUUGAGCUUCCUGUGCUCCAGUGGGUUGAGCUAGAUGACCCUCAGCGGUCUUUUCCGGCUCUACAGUUCUUUGGCAACCUCUCCUGCCACCUACCUCGGAAUCUCGCUCGGGAGGACUGACUGAAAAAGAGCCCCGUUUCCUGCACCCAAUCCUGCCUCGGCCCCGUUGUGACGGAGAGGCCUGCGAAGGAACGGAAAGCCUUGGCCUUUGCGCUGCAACAAGAGACACACCCCAAAGAGGCAUGGCAUCACAACGCCCUCUUAACCGUGCAAAUGGGUGGACGGAUGAGGCCUGGACUCUGGAUUUCCCUCUGUUUCUGCCUCCGGCUUAACCUCUCCCUUGUCUUACGGGCGUGUACUCCCCCCCCCCCAUUGCUCUGCCCCUUCUUCCAAGCUUUAUUUACUUUAUUGCAUUUGGGGCGGGGGGCAAGGGGAGUCUUGUUUGCCUCAAUGUACUUCUGUUUAUUUUUCUCCCCCCCCUUUUUUUGUUCUCAUCCAAAGCAAGCGUCUCUUUUAUGUUUUAGGGUCCUGUCCCCUCGACUGACUUAUUAAAAGGGGGAGUUUCUAAGCUCUGACUUCUUUGUUGUUGGUUAGGAGUAAUAAAGAUUGAAAACGUAGCUCACGCAA